AUGGUACCUCAUCCCGUCGCAAGGCUGAUCUCUAUGGAGCACCAAAAAGAUGUGCAGAGUUCCGAAGAAUGGAAGACAUCCACAAAAAUGGAGACGCUUGGUGCGCUCGAAGUCGAGCUGGCGAAUCUCUUGAACACUUCCAGACCGGAUGAAAUGGAGAAAAAUCGAAAGGAGCUGUCCGGUUUUCGUAAUCUGUUUGCGAGAUUUUUGCGAGUCAAGCCUCAUGUGGAUUGGACUAAAAUUCAACCAUUACCUGAAGGAGCUAUCAGGACGUAUAAACAUUUAGAGCAUCCUAACAAUGACGAAGCGAUUGCAUCUAUGCUAAAUAAGUUGGUGGUAGUGAAGCUCAAUGGAGGAUUGGGUACAUCGAUGGGUUGCAAAGGUCCGAAAUCGGUGAUACCCGUGCGAAAUGAGCUCACAUUCCUCGAUUUGACCUUGCAACAGAUUCAGACCCUGAACAAGACUUACAACGUUGAUGUCCCACUAGUUUUGAUGAAUUCAUUCAACACAGAGGAGGAUACUAAGAAAGUGCUGAAGAAGUACGCCAACGUCAAGGUAUCCGUCUACACAUUCUGUCAAUCGCAAUAUCCUCGAGUAAACCGCGAGACAUUGAUGCCGAUUGCGAAAACCCUGCACGAUUCCGAUCUAGAAUGUUGGUACCCACCUGGACACGGUAACUUUUAUGAGGCUUUCUAUAAUUCUGGACUUCUCGACAAAUUUAUUGCCGAGGGGAAAGAGUACUGCUUCCUUUCCAACAUCGAUAAUAUGGGUGCAACUGUGGACUUCGCCAUUCUUAACUUUUUGUUGUCUCCUCCUGCUGGUCAUGAACAUCCCGAAUUCUUGAUGGAGGUGACAAACAAGACUCGAGCUGACGUCAAGGGUGGUACCCUUAUCCAAUACAAUAACAAACUUAUGCUUCUUGAGAUUGCCCAGGUACCAAAGGAUUAUACGGACGAGUUCAAAUCUAUCAGCAAGUUCCGAAUUUUCAACACUAACAAUCUAUGGGCGAAACUGCCGGCUAUCAAGCGAGUCGUGGAGAACAACGAGUUGGAAAUGGAGGUUAUAGUGAAUCCCAAACACCUUGAGCAUGGCCUCGAUGUCAUUCAACUAGAAACCGCUGCCGGCGCUGCCAUCAAAAAUUUCCGAGGAGCGUGUGGUAUAAAUGUCCCUCGAGCACGCUUUUUGCCAGUAAAGAAGUGCUCCGACUUAUUACUUCUUAUGUCAAAUCUUUACGACAUUGACCACGGCAGCCUUACCCUAUCCGAACAGAGAUCGUUCCCCACCACGCCGCUCGUUAAGCUAGGGUCGAGCUUUGAUAAGGUUUCUGACUUCCUGAAACGAUUCCAAGGAAUUCCGGACCUGCUAGAAUUGGACCAUCUUACCGUAUCUGGAGACGUUUGGUUUGGAAGAGAUGUAACUUUGAAGGGGACUGUGAUCAUCAUUGCCAACCACGGUGACAGAAUUGACAUUCCUCAUGGGUCAAUUUUAGAGAACAAGAUUGUGUCCGGAAAUCUCCGUAUCUUGGAACACUAAUAUUGCUCGAAUUUCACUAGCUCCGCAACUAAACUCUCUAUGUGCCUGAAAUUUGUCUCUGCCUUACCGUACUACCUACUAAGCUAGACGCGUCACAGUGAGAAUCCGCGAGUGUUCGAAAGAAAAAAUUAUGCGUCUUACUGAGAACUUCAGCAAAUUUUUUUCCCUUUCAAUUAGCGACAACAUGGUAAAAGAGUAUAUCUUAUCAAUCAUGUCUCUAAUUGCUAUGUCUUGUUCCAGUCGCAUUCUCUCUUUCAUUUGAUUCUCACCAAAGGAAUAUUCGCGGUAUUGUUUUAUAUGAUGUAUAGAUUGUAAGUUAAAGAUUUAUAAAGAUUAAUAACUG